AUGCAAAUAUCUGAUCAGGAUAAAGUUCAAUUUGGCUCUCAAUAUCGUGAUCAAGAAGAGAGCUCAGAUCGUGGCUCAAAAAUAAAAUCGGUUUUUGACAGACUGGUCGAACCAAUGUUCCAUCGAGAGAAGCAAGCUCUUGCUACUUUCUCUACUCCUGCUCUGGAUGAUAGUGUGCCUAAGGCCCAUCAUCUUGAGGAUGGGGAAUAUGGUGGAGAUGCUAAUAUAGGUCCUAAAACAAUUUAUGAAUCUCUUGACCCUCCUUUCCACCAUGAAGCGCAACAACUAUCUCGAGACAGAUUUGUGAUGUGA